AUGGAAACGACGCGCAGCCCGAAGAUGGCGCCCGACUGGGGCCGAGGCUCGGGGUCCUCUGGUCCAAGCCCGGGCCCCAGUCGGUGGCUCUGGAGCGGUUCUUCAUGGGUCCGAGGCAUUUUGCUCCUGUUGGGCGGGCUCCGGGCAAGUGCUGCUUCCGUUCCCGUCUCCUUGAGCAGCUCCUCCCCCUGCCGGCACCACGUCCCCUCGCACGCGGAGGUCAUAAAUAAGGUCCAUCUUAAAGCAAAUCAUGUUGUAAAGAGAGAUGUUGAUGAACAUUUGCGAAUCAAGACUGUCUAUGAUAAAAGUAUUGAAGAGUUGCUCCCUGAAAAAAGAUACCUUGUUAAGAACAAACUUUUUCCACAAGCUAUUUCUUACUUAGAGAAGACUUUUCAGGUUCGUAGACCUGCGGGCACUAUCUUACUUAGCAGACAAUGUGCAACAAACCAAUACCUACGGAAGGAAAAUGAUCCCCACAGAUACUGUACAGGAGAAUGUGCAGAGCACACAAAGUGUGGCCCCGUUAUAGUGCCUGAAGAGCACCUCCAGCAAUGCAGGGUCUGCCGUGGGGGUAAGUGGCCCUGUGGAGCAGUGGGUGUGCCAGACCAAGAGGGGGUCCGAGAUGCUGACUUUGUUCUUUAUGUUGGUGCUCUGGCCACCGAGAGGUGCAGCCAUGAAAACAUCAUUUCUUAUGCAGCCUAUUGUCAGCAGGAAGCAAAAAUGGACAGGCCAAUAGCAGGAUAUGCUAACCUGUGUCCAAAUAUGAUCUCUACCCAGCCUCAGGAGUUUAUUGGGAUGCUGUCUACAGUGAAACAUGAGAUUAUUCAUGCCCUGGGUUUCUCUGCUGGGCUAUUUGCAUUCUACCAUGAUAAAGAUGGAAAUCCUCUAACUUCAAGAUUUGCAGAUGGUCUUCCACUUUUUAAUUAUAGUCUUGGAUUAUAUCAAUGGAGUGAUAAAGUAGUUCAAAAGGUGGAGAGAUUAUGGGAUGUUCGAGAUAACAAGAUAGUUCCUCACACUGUGCAUCUCCUAGUAACACCUCGUGUUGUUGAUGAAGCAAGAAAACAUUUUAACUGUCCAAUUCUGGAAGGAAUGGAACUUGAAAAUCAAGGUGGUAUGGGCACUGAACUCAACCACUGGGAAAAGCGGUUAUUAGAGAAUGAAGCAAUGACUGGUUCUCACACCCAGAACCGAGUCCUCUCUCGAAUCACUCUGGCAUUAAUGGAGGACACUGGCUGGUAUAAAGCUAAUUAUAGCAUGGCUGAGAAGUUAGACUGGGGUCGAGGAAUGGGCUGUGACUUUGUCAGGAAGAGCUGUAAGUUCUGGAUUGAUCAGCAGAAAAGAAAGAGGCAGAUGCUGAGCCCUUACUGUGACACCCUCAGGAGUAAUCCCUUGCAGUUAACCUGCAGACAGGACCAGAGAGCAGUUGCAGUGUGUAAUUUGCAGAAGUUUCUAAAACCUUUGCCUCAAGAAUACCAGUACUUUGAUGAACUCAGUGGAAUACCUGCAGAAGAUUUGCCCCAUUAUGGCGGUUCGGUAGAAAUUGCUGACUACUGCCCUUUCAGUCAGGAAUUCAGUUGGCAUGUAAGUGGUGAAUAUCAGCGCAGCUCAGAUUGUAGAAUAUUGGAAAAUCAACCAGACCUUUUUAAAAACUAUGGUGCUGAAAAGUAUGGACCUCAUUCAGUUUGUCUAAUUCAGAAAUCAGCAUUUGUCAUGGAAAAGUGUGAAAGGAAGCUGAGUUACCCAGACUGGGGGAGUGGGUGUUAUCAGGUUUCUUGUUCUCCACAAGGUCUAAAGGUUUGGGUCCAGAACACUUCAUAUCUGUGUAGUCGAGCCGGGCAGGUCCUCUUCGUUAGUAUUCAUAUGAACGGCUGGAUUCACGAUGGAAACCUGCUCUGCCCCUCAUGUUGGGACUUCUGUGAACUCUGUCCUCCGGAAACAGACCCUCCAGCUGCUAACCUGACCAGAGCUGUACCCCUGGAUAUCUGUUCCCGUUCCUCUAGCCUUGUGGUCACCCUCUGGCUUCUGCUAGGCAAUCUGUUUCCUCUGCUGGCUGGAUUUCUUCUGUGUAUAUGGCAGUAG